AUGGAUAUCGACUACACAGUACAGGAGCCUCUCGAGGGCUUUGUGAACCAAGACGAAAACGCUAUCGAGCGAUCGCUGGAAUUCCUCCUGGCAGACCUUGGCGGGUCAAAUGGUUCUCUUCCUGUUGACGGAGACAUGAAUAUGGAAGCGCAACAGGCAUUUCCGAAUGACGAAAUCACUAUGCAAGAUGCGGGCACGUUGGGAGACGAGGUGGAGGAGAGAGAAGAGGAGAGUGAGGAGGCAAUACCCCGGAUUGAAGGAGACAUACUGGAUCAAUCCAUGUCACCUGCAGCACCGACCUACCGAGUAGCGGUUGUGAUUCCAGAGAUACCCCCAGAAGAGCGCGCCGAAUACUCUUUUGUGCAUAGCGAUAUCGUCGAGUCCGUCUUGGAAGAAGUCCUUAAUGACGACCUCAACGCGGAAUACCGGGUCGAGUUUACAGAUGGAAGAGAAGAGCUGAUAUCUUCUACGCAACUCUUUGCCUUCGAAAACGGAAAGACUGCCCUGACCCGGUUCAACCAAGGCUUAGGGCCGCUCGACUUCGCAGAUAUGUCCGGCACACGGAAGCGAAAGUAUGCGCCUGAGGACGACUGGGAUUCUGAACCCGAGUCUGUCGCCUCCGAUCAUAUGGAUGUCGAUGAUGAGGAAGAUUUGGAGCCUUUUCGAACGAAUCGCUCACGCAGUCUACGCCUUCGCUCAAGGGAGACCACAAAACAACCUUCUCGCAGCCCUUCUAGAAUGAGUGAUGACGAUGAGCUGGAUGAUUCAAGGCCUGAGCCAUCACGCCCUACUAGAGUCCUCAGGACUCGCCAGCCCAGGGAACCGACUAAUGUCUCUUUUAAGAAUGGACUUGGUAGUCAAGAUCAAGAUGAGCUACUUGGAGAUGCUCCACCAGCGUCAGAGGAGGAGGGUGAUGAUAAUUUCAUGCCCUUCGUUAUCUCUGAUAUUGAUCCGAAGAGAGGACGCCCUGGCAAGGCCCGUCAACGAUCAAAACGCUUGCAAUCAAUGAGCUUGCGGCAAAAAGCUCAACCAAAAGCUUCCUCGCGCCAGAGAUCUCAUGACUCUGAUAUUGAGUUCGAAGCCCCACGACGCUCUUCGAGAGCAACGAGGAAUGUCAUGAACAUGGAGGAUGACGCUCUAAUGGACGACGAUUCAUUCUACGUUGUUGAUGACAAAGGCCCUGGCGCCCCGAAAAUCAUCUCUGUGAGAGAAAUCUUCCAGCCCCUUCCAGCGGAGUCAGAUUUUGUCACGAUGCAUAUGGAAACUUGCCAUACAUGUGGUGGCUCACGUCAACGAGGUCAAAUGGUUCACUGUCAAGGCUGCACGCUCUCCUACCACAAGUCCUGCAUUGGUUAUCGCAGUGCUCGCGAGCAUAUGGUGACCAAAGUUGGCGAGGACAGCUUUGUCUUGCAGUGCAGGUUCUGCAUCGAAGUCCCCAGCAAAAAGGACAACAACGCUCCCAAACACAGCAUGUGUCAAGCAUGUAAUACCCCCGGUAGCAGCUGUGCUUCCUUCUCAGAGAAGAAAACAUCCCGUCAGGAAGAGAAGCUGCGUGAAGAGAAUGGCGGCAUUGACCCAAUCACUCCUGUUUCGUCCAAACUCAUCAACAAUGCUGACCACGUCCUCUUCCGAUGUGUUGCAUGCCACCGAGGCUGGCACGUUGAGCAUCUUCCGGGCGCUAGAAGCGGUACCAUCGGAACAGAUCUCAAAUCCGAGCGUCUCAAAGACCAUUCAGUCGAUUGGCAGUGCAAAGAGUGCGCCAGUACCCGGCACAAAAUCCAUCGGCUUGUCGCAUGGCGACCAACAGAAAAGAACCUUGCAAAGAAAACUCCUCGACUUGUGCAUUACGAGGUUCGAGAAGACAACAAAGAGUAUCUAGUCAAAUGGGAAAGCCGAUCGUAUGCCCAUUGUGAUUGGAAACCAGGUGCUUGGGUAUAUGGCGUAGCAGCUUCCGCCAUGCGUGUCUCGUUUAGCAAGAGAGACGCCAGCGAAGGCCUCUUGAAGCUCGACGAACAGCAAGCCAUUCCAGAUGAGUUCUUGAUGUCUGAUAUCAUAUUCAAUGUCAGAACAGACCCAUCUGCGCCGAGAGCAAAGACAAGAGAACAGGAGCUGGAAAACUUGUCUCAUGUCACCAAGAUCUUUGUCAAAUUCCAGGGGCUAGGCUAUGAUGACGUUGUGUGGGACUCGCCACCAGCAGAAGAUGCAGGCGAGAUAUAUGCUUCUUUUGUUGAAUCAUACUACGAAUACGUCGAGGGCAAGUACUUCAAGAGCGAAAGUCAGCACAAGAUCAAAGAACGGGUCAAGGCAUACAAAGCUGCACCGUUCGAGGAGAUCAAUGAGCAGCCUGCUGGCCUGACACGGGGAAAGCUCAUGGGCUACCAAAUUGAAGGAGUCAAUUGGCUGCUCGGCAACUACCACUCGGGGCGCAGUGUUGUCCUCGCCGAUGAAAUGGGUCUGGGAAAGACUGUUCAAGUCUGCUGGCCUUUCCUGAUCGUCGUUCCUAAUGCCACGUGCCCCAACUGGCGUCGCGAAUUCAAGCAAUGGAUACCGGAGUUGCGAGUUGUUGCCUAUCACGGCGGACGAGAGCCACAAGCACUUGCUUAUAAGUAUGAACUGUUUCCCAACGGAUCCACAGACAUGAAGGCCCAUGUUGUGAUUAUGUCCUAUGAUUCGGCUCAAGAUCCCGCAACGAAAAACUUGUUCAAAUCUGUCAAUUGGACAGGGCUUGUCGUCGAUGAAGGUCAGCGCCUGAAGAACGAUCAAAACCUUCUAUAUGGUGCUUUGCGCUCCAUGCGCAUCCCAUUCAGACUCCUCCUCACUGGAACACCACUUCAGAACAACAAAAGGGAGCUGUUCAACCUGCUGCAAUUUAUUGACGAUAAGCAAAAUGCCGCAGAGCUUGACGAGGAGUAUGAAGUUCUUGACAAAGAAACGCUUCCCAAACUGCACAACAAGAUCCGACCAUACUUCUUGCGCCGAACCAAGGCCGGCGUGCUCAAAUUCCUGCCGCCAAUGACCCAAAUCAUCCUUCCAGUCACAAUGACUGUGAUUCAGGAGAAGCUUUCCAAGAGCAUCAUGGCCAAGAACCCAGAGCUGAUCAGAGCCAUGUUCUCCGACAGCAAAAUGAACAAGAAGGAACGAGGAUCUCUCAACAACAUCUUGAUGCAAUUGCGAAAGUGCCUUUGCCACCCUUUCAUGUACUCCGAGGCUAUUGAGGAGCGUCACCACGAUCCUACAGUGCUACAACGAAACCUUGUAGAAGCGUCGGCCAAGCUUCUUCUCCUACGAGUCAUGCUUCCGAAACUUCAGGAAAGAGGCCAUCGUGUCUUGAUCUUCAGCCAAUUCUUACAGCAGUUGGACAUCAUUGAGGAUUUCCUUGGGGCCUUGGGCUAUGACUACCGCCGACUUGAUGGCAGUAUUAGUAGCCUGGAGAAGCAACGGCGAAUUGAUGCAUUCAAUGCCCCCGACUCGCCCGUCUUUGCAUUCCUCCUGUCCACCAGAGCUGGCGGUGUUGGUAUCAAUCUUGCUACUGCAGAUACAGUAAUCAUUCUGGAUCCCGAUUUCAACCCUCACCAAGAUAUUCAGGCCUUGUCCCGCGCGCAUCGUAUCGGACAGAAGAAAAAGGUUCUUUGCUUCCAGCUCAUGACAACAGAUUCGGUGGAGGAACGAAUCAUGCAGAUUGGUAAGAAGAAGAUGGCUUUGGAUCAUGCUCUGAUCGAGAGUAUGGACGACGACGACUUGGCCGGCGAUGACCUUGAGUCAAUCCUGAAACACGGUGCUCAGGCGCUCUUCAACGAUGAUUACGAGAAGAAGUCUAUUAAUUACGACUCCGCUGCUGUUGACGCCCUCUUGGACCGAACAGACGAGCAAGAGACCAAAGCUGAUGAUGGAACCUCGUUCUCUUAUGCCAAGGUAUGGUCGAAUGACAAGUCUGGCUUUGAGGCCGGUCUUGCCACGGAAGAGAUGGCUGAACCAGAGGCCAUCAACUCAAGUGUAUGGGAUCGUAUUCUGGCUCAACGAGAGGCUGAAGCCCAGCGACAGGCUGAAGCAAACCGGGAGGUUCUUGGCCGUGGUGGCAGACGUCGUCAAGCCAUCAACUACAAAACCAACGUCCUAGAUAACUCCAUACCCGGUGAACCUGGUGACCCCGGGGCUGAAUCUUCCGACUCGUCCGACUUUGCUGGGGCAGACUCCGGCGAAGAGUCUGAGGAGGAGGACCCGUCACUACCAAAAGGCGCCGAAGCGGACGCUCUCCACGAACUCGAAAACCCCAAAGCCCGCGGCAGCAACAAGCAGCAAGUCGCGUACGGUGGCAUCCCCAGCCAAGAAACAACAGGCAAACAACAACGGCAACGGCAACGGCCAGCGUGGAAAGUCCAAAACACCGAAAACACCUACCCGCAAGGCUACGGCCAAGCAAACCGCACUGCCGACCCCACGCCAAACCCCUACCAAAAAGCCGGUGGCCAAGUAAUCCCCGGGGCUUCUGCCAAUUUUGGAGGAUAUACAAACGGUAACCACGUUUAUCAGAGCAAGAAUGCACCUCCUGUACCACAGCAGCGCACAGUUGUCACGCAAUAUCAACCCCCACCCCCUGAUCCUGAUCAAGAGAUACUCAACUAUAGGAGCAACAAUCUUCAGUCAGAGGCUGAAGUCAGAGUAGCGAUUGAUUUUAUUCAGCAUUCGAAUUCCGAGAUGGGCACUAAACUACAGCAGAAGGCAGCUCUGCUGGCUCGCCUAGGAUCACUUAAAGCAAAGGGCGCUACACGGCGCAAACAACGAUGA